GAUGUUAUUAGUCUUUUCAUUUCUUGUACAUGAUACAAAUAAUUUAAAUCCUAAAUUAUGUUGUCGUGUCUGUUUUAUGCGGCGUGUUUGUUGAUUCUGUCAUCGACCGACCCAUGUGCGUUUUUGUUGAACCCAAUAACAAAUGGCGACGAUGGUUUAAACAGCGUAUUUUGUUGAGAACAUUCGGUAUUGAUGUGCAGCUGAUUCUGAAUUGCUGUGCAUCUAAUACUGGCUAAGUGUAAACAACAGUCACUGUUACACUGUCUCCGCACCUUGGGUAGUUCAAGGCGCCUACGUCUCGCCUCGAGACUAAACACAUGUUUGUCUCCCUAGUCUGUCUGCGAAACAUUGCAUGGUAGCGUAAUUGUCUGACCUGUUGACCUAAAAUUCAGAACAGACAGAUGGAUUGAUUGGCAAGAUAUCCUCUGAGAAACAGACACACCUAUGGUGUCGAAAGCCCCCCAGAGGAAUCAGCUGUUUGUUGGGUGCUUGGUUGGUUUUCUCGAAUUCUAAUUGUUUGGUGACGUUUAUUAAGCUGUUUGACUAUCACGCGCAAAACCAAUGUGCUUAUUUUAGUUCAUAUUUGUUGUACAGAGUGCCUACAUAUUGCCGUUUUUGUACUAAAGGCGGCAACACGUCUCUGCUGGUCCCCCUUUGUUGUGUUCUGGCGUCCAGCUUUGCUUGCCAGACCUGUUUACAGAUGACAACAAGGGGGCAGGGGCUGGGCAGGCAUGCUGGCACUGCUGAAGCCUGUGGCAAUGCAAUGCCUGUGCUGGAGAGAAGAACACUUCCCCCUCUCUUUUUUCUGUCUUACUACGUUCUCCUGUUAUCAGGGUGCAGUGCUGUUCUGGGUUUGGGUAGUGCUGCUAGACCAUGAAGAAACCAAUGCCACCAAAAGCUAUUGAGUGGAAGGAUGGAAGAAGAGUCAAACAUGCACGGAGUGGUCGACCGUCGCGAGUGCCCUCCCAGUACCAAGCCGGCCACUUCAGCUGGGACAAAUACCUGAAGGAGACAGGGGCCACCGCUGCCCCAGCACACUGCUUCAGACAGAGCACCAGUCCUCCGGUGAACGAGUUCAAGGCCGGCAUGAAGCUGGAGGCCCAGGACCCCCGCAACACCACCUCCACCUGCAUCGCCACCGUGGUGGGCCUGACGGGGGCCCGGCUGCGGCUGCGCCUCGACGGCAGCGACAACAAGAACGACUUCUGGCGCCUGGUGGACUCUUCGGAGAUCCAGCCUAUCGGCAGCUGCGAGAAGAACGGAGGCAUGCUGCAGCCUCCUCUCGGCUUUCGCUUGAAUGCCUCAUCGUGGCCCAUGUUCCUGCUAAAGACUCUAAACGGAGCGGAGAUGGCCCCAGCGCGCAUCUUCCAUAAGCAGGAGCCUCCGGCGCCGGAGCAGAACUCCUUCCAGGUGGGCAUGAAGCUGGAGGCAGUGGACCGCAAGAACCCGCACUUCAUCUGCCCGGCCACCGUGGGGGCGCUGCGCGGCGUGGAGGUGCUGGUCACCUUCGACGGCUGGCGCGGGGCCUUCGACUACUACUGCCGCUACGACUCACGUGACAUCUUCCCCGUCGGAUGGUGCGCCAUGACCGGGGACAACCUGCAACCGCCCGGCAACAAAGCUGGCCAGCCCAAGUCAGUAGGAGCCGCGGCGGACGGUACAGUGGAGGGCAAUACGGCGGCGUCGGCGGCAGCAGCAGCAGCAGCGGCGGCGUCGGCAGCACCGGCUCCAGCAGUACCGGCGACCCCACCAGCCACGGUGGCGGCAGCGGUGAGCCCCGGGCCAGGCCGGCCCCCGGGCAAGAGGGGCCGCAAGCCGCGCGGUGGCGGCAAGAAGAAGCUGCCUGAGGCCUGGCUCCACAAGGGCCCCACGCUGGUGCCCCAGGGCCAGGGCCAGGCGCAGGCAGCGGCAGGGGCCAAGGGACCGGAGCCUGUGAAGAUACCCAAGAAGAGAGGCCCCAAGCCUGGCAGCAAGCGCACGCCUGUACAUCUGGGCUGGGCGAAGCGUGCAGCGUGGCUGGAGGGGGUGGUGGGGGGUCCGGGUCGGCCCCCAGGCAGGCCGGGUCCUGGGAGGCCCAAGGGCUGGACCAGAGUCAACCAGAACCAGCAGCAAGCGGGCCCAGACAAGCCCGUCAAGAUCCCAAAGAAGAGAGGGCCCAAACCCGGCAGCAAGAGGAAACCGCGGGUGCCCCCCAACCCCCCCCUCUCCUCCUCCACCAGCAGCACCCCCGAGCCAGACACCAGCUCUGUACCCCUGGACAACGCUACCAUCCCCACGUCAGCCUUACAAGCCCCUACAGUGUGUGUUUACCUGAAUAAGUAUGGGAAGGUGGGUCCCCACCUGGACGCGCGUAAGGUGCAGCAGCUGCCGGACCACUUUGGGCCGGGCCGGGCCUCCUCUGUCCUGCAGCAGUGCGUUCAGGCCUGUGUGGACUGCGCUCACAACCAGGGCACCGUCUUCGCCUGCCUCAAGGCAGGACACGGGGGAGAGGUCAUCUCAGCGUGCUUCGAGCAGCAGCAGCACACGUUGACGCUGCCCACGGUGAGCAGUGUGACCUACGUGCUGCGCUUCCUGGAGAAGCUCUGUCACAACCUGCACUGUGACCCGCUGUUCGGGAGCCAGCCCGUACAGCAGGGAGGCAUACACUACGACAGCCACGCUUACACGGAACAUCCGUCUGGUCCAGGCAGAGGAAACAAGAGGUACCCGCAGGAGCCCUACAGCAGCAGCCCCCAGCCCCUUAAGAUGCCCAAAACACACAGACUCUCCUCAGAAGGGUCGGGGAGCUUCAAGGGGUCCAGAGACAGUCCCAGGCCCAGCUGCCAGGACCCCAAUCUGUGGACGGUGGAGGACGUCAUGCAGUUCAUCCGGGACGUCGACCCCCUGCUCGGCCCACACGCCGACCUCUUCCGCAAACAUGAGAUUGAUGGCAAGGCCCUCCUAUUGCUGCGCAGUGACACGAUGAUGAAAUACAUGGGCCUGAAGCUUGGUCCCGCCCUCAAACUUACCUUCCACAUUGACAAACUGAAGCAGGGUCGUCCCUGAACUCCUCGCGUGACCCAGAAUCUACCCAGAAUCCUCCACUCUUUCACGAAAACAGGAAUACAUGUAUCAUGUAGCACUUCGGAAUCACACUUCAAUGUGAGUUUGAACAGUUCCCACACCUCACUGCCAAGAAAACCCUCACCCAAAGUCAUCACCUGGACCUACCUGUCUCUUCUCUUCUCGCUCACACCUCCUUACUGCAUCUCGCCUACCUGUCUCGGUACAGUCAUUUGGGUCACAUGUCUUGUGUAGCACAACCAGUCCAACCCUCUUGCAUUAUGGGAGAAAAACAAACAAACAAACUGCACCUCAUUCAUUCAUUCAGUCUCUGUGCCGUCUCGUCUGAGAACAUUCUGCACUUAUGGAUUUUCUUGACACUCCAGUGUUCUCCCGAACCUCGGGGCCUUCAGCCAAGGACCAGAGUUAUAUGCGGCUAGAAGGCAAAGGAGGGCGGGCAAAAAUCGGGCCAUUUUUGACGGCCUUUAUGUGUUUUUUUUUAUUUUAAAUACAGUUUUUUAAAGUUGUUUUCUAUAUUUUAUAUCCCUCUCACAAUAAGGGCCUGCACGUAAUUAUGUGUGUUCAGCCAUUUUGUACAAGACUGUUGUAUUUUUUACAAGACCAAACUGUUUCUCUGAUGAACUCUUGACUGACAGACAAAAAGUUGGGUUUGUGUCUGAAAUCUUCAUUCGCUCACUUCAUAGGUCAGUAUGGAGCGGGUUGCAUUGCUGUACUUUGCUCCCUAAAUAGUACACGAGUGAGCAUUUCAGAUUCAGUAUGGGAUGUACAGCACAACAAUCCAGUCCACCCAAAACGCAUCAUACAGGCACACACACACUCAUUUAUCUAUUAAAUUAACACUGCCAAUAUUGGUCACUUUCAAGAUAAGACAAACACCUGCACACAUGUAUACACAAUACAAGGAAAAGCUGCCGUAACACCUCUCUUCACUUUCUGUCCUGGUUCUAUGGAUGUUUACAUUGUCCUUUUUGUCAUACUGUAUGUUGUCAUUUGUAUUUUCAAAUUUUAUACUAUAUUAUUAGAGUUCAUACAUUGAAAGUGUUAUCAUACUUGUAACGGUUCAAUAAUAAAAAAAAAUGAAGUGUUUCUGAUUGA